AAUAAAACUAAUCAUAGCAAUUGUUGAAUGAAUUAAUUUGUAAAACAAUCGCAUCUAUAAUGAAGACCUCAAUCGUCUUACUGUUGUCUCUCAUCUCACAAUACAGUGAUGUCUCAUGUGUUGAGUUCAAAGACUGCGGUUCAGUCGACGGCAAAGUGACGUCUAUUGUAGUCCAGGACUGCGGUGUCAGCGAUGACUACUGUCCGCUACAUAUCGGCAAAACCGCCUCAAUUGACAUGAAAUUUACCGCAAACGUGGAUUCAGACAAAGCCACUGUUAUAUUGACUGGUAUUAUACCUGAUAUAGGAGCAAUUGAAUAUUUAACCGAGGAUGGCUGUAAUGGGAAAUACAACCUGAAGUGUCCGAUCAAAAAGGGCAAUCAGUAUGAGAUGAAGUUUGAGAUGCAGGCGCCCCCUGUGCCGGCCGACAUGACACUUAGCAUCCUGGUCAAAUUAGUGGACUCGAAUGGCAAAAAUAUGAUCUGCCAACAGUUCCCGGCCCACGUCAUACCUUAAGUCAUAAUAUAUUUGAAUAAAAGAAAAUAAGACAAUCAAUAAAUCUCAUCAGUAUCAUUUUCGUACACAUUAUUUAUUAAUCACAACUUUAUUGCUAUUUUUAUUUUUAAACCCAAUACCACCC